AGCUUCAAGAAAUCAAAGAUGAAAGUUAUUUUUAAUAUUAUGUCUUAAAAAUUCAGUUUGGUAAACUCUCUAAAUUUUAGAAUGAAUUCUGAUAAAUUAGACGAGGCGUAUUCUAUUCUAUUGCAUACAUCACAUAAUGAGAAGACUUUUAUUUAUAGAGGAAUCUUAUUAAAAUUAUGCGUUCUAUAAAGGCAAAUGUUAAUUUAUACUCGAGUGCGAAGCAAGGUGAUUAUAAGUUUAUUUCGUGUGACAUUAAGCAUACAUCAAUUAUCAAAAUAAAAGCGUGUGCUGGUGUAUUGAACUAUGGUGCACCUGAAGAUGUUGAGUACUCAACUAAGUUCUGACACUUUAACUAUAAAUGAUCUCCCAAAUGAAAUACUUAUUUAUAUAUUCUCUAUGAUCGAUUUUGAGUCCCUGCUAGCUGUAGCAAAAGUUUGUUCAAGAUGGCAACAACUGUGUCUCACUCCUUGCGUAUGGGAUAACACUCGUCUUGUAGUGUGUAUGAAAAACUAUGUUAGUAUUAGUGAGAGUAUAGUGCCUUUUGUAGCUAAGUAUUUAAAGAAUGUUAAAUUACAGUAUUUUAAAUUAUAUUCUCAAGUUAGGACUUCCUUGAUAAGUUAUUGUCCCAAUUUGACUCAUUUAGAAAUAAGUAUAUCUCAAGUUGACAGUUGUAUUUUUGAAGAUCUUGGGCAUUGGCCUAAUUUAAAAUUUUUGAGCUUUCGUAAUUCACUCAUAGUUCAAAAUUCUCAAAAUGCUAAUGGUAAUUUUGUUUAUCAUUUACCUUUUGAAAAGUUAAAAUAUCUUGAGACUUUAAUCUUAUCAAAUUUUGCUUUAACUCACAGUAGUUUGUACAGUAUGCUUCAGUGCACUAAUCUGGUCAGUAUUAAUAUGGAAAAAAUGAAGAAUAUCCCUGCAAACUUCCUUGAAUCUCUAUUAAGGACAAAACAAUCUACUUUAAGAGCUUUAUAUAUUUAUGGGGAUACAUUAAAUGAUGACAUUAUGAGACAUGUUUCCAACUGUAGAGUUUUAGAGGUUCUUCACAUUAUGACAUGUAAAAUAUUAUUUGACUCAAGCUUGUUACACUUGCAUAGGCUCAAAAAUUUACAAUCUCUGAAACUUCGCCAUGGGUAUUUUUCAACAAGUGCUUUGUUAGCAUAUUUUAGCAAUAAUACAUUUCAGCACUUGACUUAUUUGAGCCUAUCGAGAUGUCUUCAUGUGACCAUGCAAGUGGCAAAAGCUGUGAGAACAAGUGCUCCUAAUCUUAAAGAAUUGUCAUUUUAUCUGUGUCCAUUUAUAAUAGCUCCAGAUUUUAAAAGAGCUGAAUUGGAACGAAUGUUUAAAAUACAGUUAUUGCUUGACUAACUUACUGUAUACAAAUAUUAUAAAUAGCAGCUGAGAAUAUCCGUCCAACCAAUUAAAAUAUAACAGAAUAAUCCACUAACAUGUAGAACAGACAUCAAAUUUUAAAAAACAUAUUUGGUUACUUGGGCAGUAUUAAGUUGUGUUGUGACAUCUUACUUUUAAUUUUUUUAACAAAUUAUAUAAUUGAAUAUUACUGAGUAUUAAAAAGUCAAACUAUCUGCAUAGUAGAUAGAUAAAUGUAAAAAUAGAAAUAUUAAUACCAACUCAUCAAAAUAUUGUUUCUAUUUGACAGUAACCAGUGGUGCCUUAUUUCCUUGAAUUGUUCUUAGAGGACAAUUAGAUUGAAAGUUUUGUAGGAUAAUGGAAAAAGGUUUUGUAUAUCUGUAUUUUAGAAAAACGUUAAAUUUGGUUUCUAAAAAGGAAGGCAAAUGGAGAAACAUUUACAUAUUUUUUGCAUAAUUUUAUGUACUAGGUACCUUGUUUUUUUAACUUGCUAAAAUGAAGAAUAAUUUUUCAUCACAAUUUUAGACGAGUUUGUUAGUUUUACGACGAAACGAAUUUAAAACUCGGCAACAUUAUUUUAUGUUAGACAUUAAAAAGUGUAUGUUUUAAAAUGAGUAUGUAGUUCUUGAAAUAAAAUAAAAUUCAGAAUUAGUAAAUUCACUAAAAGUUAAAAAUCCUACUUAUCUAUAGUGCUAUAGAAUUGAAUAAUAAGGCCAAAUUAUAAACAAAGUUAAGAUAUUUUAUUAUUCUAUGAAUAUGGAUGACUAAGAAAUGCCUACUUUAAAAGAUUAUACAUUGUCAAAAAAACUCGAAUAAAAACUGAAAUAUAACCGCAUAAGAUUAUUGUUUCUGUCAUGACAUUUAAUGUAUUGUGAAAUAUUGAGUAUUAUAUAAAAAUACGUUUGGAACCUAUGUAAGAUAUUUUUGUAAUAUUUACCUAUCGUGCAAUAAUUUAUAAUAGUAUAUUAUACUAUUGUUUGUCUAAUUGUGUUGUAUACAUAUGAAUAAAAU